AUGGCUCAGAGAAGUCCUUCGGAAUGGCAGUUUUUCAAAAUAACGGUCCCCGCGCAGCAUGUUGUUCAUGUCGAGAUCAAUCGGCCGCAGAAGCUGAACGCGUUCUUUGGGCCUAUGUGGGUGGAACUCAAGAAUAUUUUUGAGCGACUAUCUGUCGACUCGGAAGUCCGGUGCAUCCUGCUCUCAGGAGCCGGCGAUCGAGCAUUCACAGCCGGGCUCGACGUUGCAGACGCCUCGAAGCCGGAUAAUGCCAUCUCCUCGUCAGGAUUCGCCGACCCAUCCCGCAAAGCGACGGUCCUCAGGAGACAUAUUCUCGAACUCCAAGAAGUCAUCUCCACGGUAGCCCGUUGCGAGAAGCCUGUCAUUGCUCUGAUGCAUGGGUAUACUUAUGGACUCGGCAUCGAUCUGUCGUCGGCAUGCGAUGUGCGGUUUUGCACAGCUGAUACAAAAUUCUGCGUCAAAGAGGUGGACAUUGGGUUGGCAGCAGAUGUGGGAACCCUGAGCAGACUCCCUAAGGUCGUCGGCGGCGUGACGAGCUGGGUGAAGGAGGUGUGUCUUAGUGCACGACCGUUCUCGGCGCAGGAAGCGCAGCAAAACAAUUUUGUUAGCAGAGUGGUCGCCGGCAGCAAGGCUGAUCUCAUCGGGGAAGGGCUGGAGUUUGCCAAAUAUCUGGCCAGCAAAAGUCCCGUGGCGGUGCAAGGGACCAAAAACAUCCUAGACGCGGCCUGGGGAAGGACGGUCGAAGACAACCUCAACUAUACCGCAGUCUGGAAUCAGGCCAUGCUGCAAAGCACAGAUGUUCAGCGGGCCAUGCUGAGCGGGCUACACAAGAAAACACCUACUUUCGAGAAACUAUAA